AUGACAACCGGUGGCGCCACCCCCAAAACCACCACCGGCAGUCCAAGAUUCGGGGGUGUAUCAGCCCACCGUCGGCGUGGCGUCGAGCCAACAACCACCGAUGUGUCGCCGGCGUCGUCUACAGAUUCCGACGCCAUCAACACAAUGGGGCAAGAGAAACACCUGCAACAUCAGAACAUCAAUGACUGUCUGGUGGAAGCAUCUGUUGAUUGUUUCGGUAAGAAUCUGAAGCGUACACUGCUUGGAAUCCUGAUAGUUCUGGUGGGUUUUAGUGCGUUCGUGAAGUUCUCGUACAUGGGCGGCAGCCGUGUGGCGGAGAUAGAGGCGGUGAGGCGGAGAUCUUCUAACGAUCAGAUGUUGGUUUUGAGGGAUUAUAAGCAACAGGUGUUGAAGGCUCAAAGAGUUUUAGCAGACAUUGAUUCUUCUUCAGCUUCUUCCAUGCCCAUAAGGAUCUUAGAAAAGUCCCUCGAUGUUCCUAUACCAGAAAUAUGGAUGAAACCAAACAGUAGUCGAUAUCAUCAAUGCAUUGCCAGACCUCACAAUCAUAAAAAGAGUUCGCCAACAGCCGGAUAUCUUCUAGUUCACGCCAACGGUGGAUUGAAUCAAAUGAGGACAGGGAUAUGUGAUAUGGUGGCUAUCGCAAAAAUGAUGAACGCCACCCUCGUUCUCCCAUCUCUUGAUCACCAAUCUUUUUGGACAGAUCCUAGUGAUUUUAAGGACAUUUUCGGUUGGAGGCAUUUCAUCGAUGAUUUGAAAGAUGAUGUCGAAAUUGUCGAGUCUUUACCACCACAAUACGCAGCAAAAAAGCCGUUUGUCAAGGCUCCGGUUUCGUGGUCAAAGGCGAGUUAUUAUAGAGGGGAGAUGAAGGCAUUGUUACGAAAACACAAAGUGAUCCAGUUUACGCAUUCCGAUUCGAGGCUCGUCAACAAUGGCCUCCCGUCGUCUUAUCAGCGGCUUCGAUGUCGUGCAAACUACGAGGCUCUCCGUUACUCCGAUGAAAUCGAGAGCCUUGGGAAAAAGCUUGUGGAUAGACUUAGAAGCGAUGGCGAUCCCUUUAUCGCACUACAUUUGAGGUAUGAGAAGGACAUGCUGGCCUUCACAGGGUGCAGCCAUAACCUAACAACUGAAGAAUCUCAAGAACUUGACACAAUGAGGUAUAAUGUGAAGCAUUGGAAAGAAAAAGACAUCAAUGGCACAGAAAAGAGACAACAAGGAGGGUGUCCAAUGUCUCCAAGAGAAGCUGCUUUGUUCCUUAAAGCCAUGGGGUACCCUACAAAAACCAAAAUCUACAUCGUAGCCGGCGAAAUCUACGGCAAUAACAGCAUGGACGCUUUCCGUAAGGAGUUCCCAAACGUCUUUUCACACUCCACCCUCGCCACACCCCAAGAACUCGCCACUCUUAACAUGUACCAAAACCGACUUGCGGCCAUCGACUACAUCGUGGCCCUCGAGAGCGAUGUGUUUGUGUACACGUACGACGGGAACAUGGCCAAGGCGGUCCAAGGGCACCGCAGGUUCGAAGGGUUCCGCAAGACGAUUAGCCCUGACCGGCUCGGUUUUGUUAAACUGAUCGAUCAGUUGGAUGAGGGUGAGAUCUCGUGGGAGACGUUUAGCUCCGAAGUGAAAACAAUGCAUAAAGAUCGGUUGGGUGCACCGUACAAGCGGAAACCGGGUCCGGCUCCGAAAUUGGAAGAGAGCUUUUACGCAAACCCGUUUCCUGGGUGCAUUUGCAGUGACUCGAAAAAGAAAAAAAGCCAUGUUUUGAGUGACCAAAGAGCGAGCCAUGGAAACUCGCUCCGGUCACCAAAAUAGAUCGUUUUUUUUCGGAUCCAAUUCGUUGAUAUCUUUGAGCGUAUACAUACGGGAUUAAAUUCAUUCGUUUUGAUCGAUUGUACAGUACAAUAUACGUAUAGUUUUGGUCCCCAUGCUAUAGUGUAGAUUUUAGGAACAAAGCGAAUACGAGGUUGGACAGAGAUGUGGGUAGUUUAAGGUUUCCUUUUUUCCUUGCCUUAUGUUGUUUCACCACCAUUUAACAUGUAUAAAGAGUUUUGCACA